UCCUGGCUGUUUUUGGAUCUGCUUUUAAAGCGGAUUGAACCACCGAGUUGCGUUAACUACGACUCCCUUACAAAACAACGUUUUUAUUCCAUUAAUUUAAAAGGGAAGACUGCUCUAUAUAGUCGUAAAUACGUAUGCAACGAGAUAUACAGUCAAAUGGCAGUUGCGUACACUCUUUGUAGGGAAUCCCUUGUGUUUUUUUCCCUCUGAAUUUGAGAGAGUGCAUUGAGACCGAGAGGUGCCUGCUGUCCAUUGAAGCCUCAUGUUUUCACCAAGCCAGGAGGAGCAGUGCGCCCCUACAAAAGACCCCAUAAAAUACGGGGAGUUGGUAGUAUUAGGGUACAAUGGAUCCCUCCCGAACGGAGACCGGGGCCGAAGGAAAAGCCGCUUUGCCCUGUACAAGAGAAGCAAAGCCAACGGUGUUAAACCCAGCACCGUCCAUAUCCUCAACACACCACAGGCCAGCAAGGCGGUGAACUGCAAAGGGCAGCACAGUAUUUCCUACACUCUGUCCAGGAACCAGACAGUAGUGGUGGAAUACUGCCAUGACAAAGACACAGACAUGUUUCAGAUUGGCCGCUCCACAGAGAGUCCCAUAGACUUUGUGGUGACGGACACUGUGUCUGGGGGUCAGGAGGGAGAGGAGACGCCCAUCACCCAGAGCACCAUCUCGCGCUUCGCCUGUCGUGUCGUCUGUGAGAGGGUCCUGCCCUACACCGCCCGCAUCUAUGCUGCUGGCUUUGACUCCUCCAAGAACAUCUUCCUGGGGGAAAAAGCCGCCAAGUGGAAGAACCCGGAUGGUCACAUGGACGGGCUGACAACCAAUGGAGUGCUGGUGAUGCACCCCAGGGGUGGGUUCACAGAGGAGUCCAAACCGGGUGUAUGGAGGGAGAUCUCUGUGUGUGGGGAUGUUUACACCCUGAGAGAGACCCGUUCUGCUCAGACCCGCGGCAAACUGGUGGAGUGUGAGAGCAACGUGCUGCAGGACGGUUCCCUGGUAGACCUAUGUGGCGCCACCCUGCUGUGGCGCACAGCUGAUGGCCUCUUCCACACACCCACCCAGAAGCACCUGGAGGCCCUGCGGCAGGAGAUCAACGCAGCGCGCCCCCAGUGCCCUGUGGGCCUCAACACCCUGGCUUUCCCCAGCAUGCAGCGCAGCCGCGCCCUCUCCUCCCUGGAGGACAAGCAGCCCUGGGUCUACCUGGCCUGUGGCCACGUGCACGGCUACCACAACUGGGGCCACCGCUCGGAACAGGAGCCCAGCGCCCAGCGGGAGUGCCCCAUGUGCCGGACCGUGGGCCCCUACGUGCCGCUGUGGCUGGGCUGUGAGCCCGCCUUCUACGUGGAUGUGGGCGCCCCCACACACGCCUUUGUGCCGUGCGGACACGUGUGCUCAGAGAAGUCGGCAAAGUACUGGGCGGAGAUCCCUCUGCCCCAUGGCACCCACGCCUUCCACGCCGCCUGCCCAUUCUGUGCCACCCAGCUCUGCCUCACCCAGGGCUGUGCCAAGCUCAUCUUCCAGGGCCCCAUUGACUGAGCUGCAGGGCCCUGGGGUGGGGGAAAGAACGAGGCAGGAGGACCAACAUGCUGUGAAACUGUUCAGACUAUUUAGUGCUUUGUUUUUUAUCACCGACUGUAAAGGGGAGAAACGCUUCACAAGGUUGAUGGUGUACUACAACAGUGUGUUCCACGUUUCUGUGGAGAUGGGCCUGAAGGCAGUGGUCCAUUACAUAGUGUUUGGUUUGGGCUUCUGGUCCUCUCGAUGGCCGCUGGCGUAGUGUACACACAGCGAUGUGGACCUAAGGCACAACCACAGAAACCAUCAUACUCUUUAGCUGCCAGCCAUCAGCUUUCAACUCAACUGAGCUAACUCUCUGGACUGUGCAAGCUAAAAUGGCUGCUCAUUUCAAGUAGAAGGGCUACAAAACGUGUAGAGAUUACAGAGAGUAGGUUUAGUUUAGGGUAUGUGGGAGUUGGGUGGGGUGGGUUCAUGGUGGGCCUGAGGUGCAUGAUUUUCACAGAGCCAGACAGCUGGACUGUUGGCUGGGAGGAGGACCGAGCGAGCCAGCAAGGUUCAUGGGUAACUAGUUAAAUGCUCCCCAUUGGCUCCUCAGCUCUUAUCUGGUUUUUAAUGGUAUCCAGAACAUUUAGCCUUUCCAGAGGUGAGCUGAACUCUGUUCUGUUCAGAGAACAGGUCCUUAAAAGAAAACAAGUGUUUUUCUCUCCUCUUGUACAGAGAUAUAUUCCAGUGCCUGGGGCUCCCAGUAAAACCCUGGGAAUAUUUUUACUAAAUGAAAAAAGCUGUUUUGUUGAGGGUUAUUAAGGGAGGGGAGAGUUUUACAUAAAGUAUAAAGAAAUUUAACCCACAGAAUAUUUUCCAUCUUUUAUUCUUUUGUUAAGAAAUAUUUUACUACACUGAGGUGUACAGUUUUUUUUAUUUUUUUAUUUUAAUGAAAAUGUUAAUAUAUUUUUCUCUUGUGUAACUAUUAUGUGCAUGUAGGUUGGAUCACAUGGGUGUGCUUGAAUGUGUCAACUCCGGCUCAUACGGAGACAUUAGUCCCUUGACGUAACCACCAAAAGGCAACAACAGGCCGCUGGCAUCAACCUUGUGGGUCAUGACAAUGAAUCUAUUAAAAUACCUAUUUUCCUCACCAUUGGCACGUUAGCCUAAAUUAUGCAAUUGCUUCGCUGAAUGGCUAGGUCUGUUCCUUCUUAAUAUACUGUAAAACUCGGGUGUCUCGUGAUAUCAGUAAGGCCUUUGUCAACUCUUGUGAAAUAGAUUAACUUUUGAAAGUGUAACUCACUCACACAUCAACACACACCUGUGAGCUUUCUUUGGUCUUGUCCCAUACUCAGUGUGCACUGUUGAAUGUGUAGCUUUAUCUCAUGCUGGGUUUUAUCCAAUGAUUUGUAUGUUCCCAAACCUGGGCACAGUCACUGCAGCAUUGAUGGAUUAUACCAAAUAUAAAAUAAGUGUUUUCUCUCUGAUGCAACAACUGCUUCCUGCAACGCAAAGUGUUAAUGUACGCAAAUGAAAACCCUAACUGCUAUUGUAGAAUACAAAUCUAGUUCAGGAUGACUGUCAAAGCUAUUUGUUUGUACUCAUUAUCACAAGGAUAAUAAGGAUAUUAUCAUGUGCCAACGCCAAAUUUAGCAAAUCCAAUUGUGGAGAUGGAUCAAGUGGGCCAAAUGGGUAUGAAUGGAUAAGAUAUUAUGUUGUAGUUGGGCUGUGCGGUGGAAAUUUAGUUGACACUAAAGAAUUUGAAUCACAUCAAAUGCACUCUUUGUCGAUGCGGGCUAGUUGUGACUACCCAUGUAUGUAGAGUGUAAGCUCAACAUAUAGUACCGUUCAAAAGUUUGGACACUUACUCAUUCAAAGACAUACAAAAAUAUUUAAAUAACACUUAUGGAAUCCUGUAGAAACCAAAAAAGAUAGCUUGAUAGCUUUGCACACUUUUGGCAUUCUUUCAACCAGCUUAACCUGGAAUGCUUUUCUCCUCAACAGUUGAUAUUGAGAUGUGUCUGUUACUUGAACUCUGACGCAUUUAUUUGGGCUGCAAUCUGAGGCUGGUAACUCUAAUGAACUUGUCCUCUGCAGCAGAGGUAACUCUGGAUCUUUCUUUCCUGUGGCGGUCCUCAUGAGAGCCAGUUUCAUCAUGGCGCUUGAAGGUUUUUGUGACUGUCCUUGAAGAAACGUUCAAGGCUCUUAAUUUUCUGCCUUGACUGACCUUCAUGUCUUAAAGUAAUGAUGGACUGUUGUUUCUCUUUUGCUUAUUUGAGCUGUUCUCGCCAUAAUAUGGGGCGGCAGGGUAACCUUGUGGAUAGAGCGUUGGACUAGUAACCGGAAGGUUGCAAGUUCAAAUCCCCGAGCGACAAAUCUGUCGUUCUGCCCCUGAACAGGCUGUUCAAACCCACUGUUUCUAGGCCGUCACUGAAAAUAAUAAUUUGUUCUUAACUGACUUACCGAGUUAAAUAAAGGUUUAAAAAAUAUACAAAAAUAACAAAUAUGGACUUGGUCAACUGAUUGGCUCAAACUCAUUAAGAAGUUAAAAGUUAAAUAGUGGAAUUACUUUCCAAGGCACACAUGUUAAUUGAAAUGCAUUCCAGGUAACUACCUCAUGAAGCUGGUUGAGAGAAUGCCAAGAGUUUGCAAAGCUGUCAUCAAGACAAAGGGUGGCUGCUUUGAAGAAUCUCAAAUAAAAAAAAACACUUUUGGUUACAUGAUUCCAUGUGUUCUUCCAUAGUUUUGAUUUCUUCACUAUUCUACCAGAAAAUAGUUCAAAUAAAGAAACCCUGGCAUGAGUAGGUGUCUCUAACCUUUUGACUGGUACUGUAUACAAACCACCACUGUAUUAAUGGGUAAGAAUAGUGAGUAUCAUGAUCCUGAAAUGGUAAGUGUUCUUACUGUAGCUAUGUACAAGUUGCAUAAUUAAUGAAUAUGUUGUAAGAGAGCUAUUCUUUUCAGCUACACUAAGAAGCCAAAUAAUAUAGUGACAUAUCACGUGUGUCUCUACAAUGCACAUGGGCUCAGAUACAGUACAGAAGUAGUGUGUCCUCCUUUGUUGGUGGACUGCAGCAGUUCCCCCUCCAGUCUGGAGGGUAAAGACAUGACCUUGGUAGUAUGAAGCUAACAGUAGGACAGAUGUGGUGACAUAACAGGUGCUGAGUAGCAGUGUAAAGGAAGGGUAUCUUACACUAGUAUUCCCCCCACUGUGCCCAGUCAGUGCUGACAGUACGCAUAUAAAGACCCUGCUCUGGAACAGCUGUAAUGUAGCACAAACAUUCCUCCCUGAAUACUUGGGAGGCAUAGCUGUGGGAAGUAAGGGUGCUGAGGGUGCUGUAGCACCCCCUGAAAAAUCAGAACGCAACAAAAAACUAACAAAAUGUCUCACUAAAGUAGUGCACUGGGCCUUUACCAGUCCUGUGAUAAUGGACCGAUUGUAGCACGUCUCUGAAAGAAAUGCAGCACCCCAUCCCCAAACAUCUUCCUGCUGCAAUGGUGGAGGGGUCCUGUUGUUCACUCUACAACCUGUUCAGUGCAUUUUGUCUCUGAACUCUGUAACCAGGUCAUAGCCUACACUGAUGCUCCCAAAGCCUACUUGCAAAAAUAAAACAUUUGUUUAAAACAA